AUGUUCGAACCAAAUGUAAACACAUUUUCACAAUCUAUUUUAAUUGAAAAAUCUCCCACAUUAUUAGGUACAAUACGUAAUUUUGUAUCUAAUAUAUUUGUACCAUUUCAACAAGAUUAUCGUUAUUGGCCAUGGAUAAAAAUAGGAACAGUCAUUAUUGUAUGUAUUGGUUCCUAUACACUUUAUAAAUAUUUACCUGGAUCUUAUCGACAUCAUUAUAUGUCAUCAACAAAAAAUUUUUCUCUUCGUUAUAAUGAAGCACUUCAUUUAGAAAAAGAAAAACUUUUUAACGAAUUAAAAAAUGUGAAAAUGCGAGAAACAGAAAGAAGAAUUCAAGUUCUUGAAAUUGGUGCUGCACAUGGUGCUAAUAUGCCUUAUUAUCCUCCAUAUCUUGUUGAAGUUAUUUGUGUUGAACCAAUACGAGAAUUUGAAAAAGAUUUAAAAGAAACACUUCAACAAAAUCCACAUGUUAGAUGUAGAGAAUUAUUAAUAGGUAAUGCUGAAAAUAUUGCUGUUAUUCGAGAUAAUCAAGUUGAUGCAGUUGUAUCAACUUUAACACUUUCUUGUUGUAAAGAUAUUGAUCAAGCACUACGUGAAAUUCGUCGGAUUCUUAAACCAGGUGGUCUUUUUCUUUAUAUGGAAAAUAUUCGUUCAUCGAAUAUUUUCUUUGCUUUUAUUCAAUAUCUUUGUUCACCAAUAUAUAAAUUAUUAUUUGGUAUUUCAUUAAUAAGAAAUAUUCCAGAACAUAUUGAACGAGCACAUUUUAACGGUGGUACAACACAACAUAUAUUUAAUGCACAUGGUAUUCCAUUUCUUUUAAGUCCGCAUGUGUCGGGUAUAGCACGAAAAUGA